UGUAAAAGGGCACAGUCAGUGAGAUUGGGUCAGCUGUCCCCUAGGGUCCCCGUAUCCAGCCAUGGCGUCACCAGCCAGCACCGCCUCAGGCACGGAGGACAGUGGCCGCAGGAAGCCUCGCCUGGCGGCGUCGCUGCAAAUCAUCCCCAGGCCCAGCCCCUGGCAGCCGCCAGCCCCCCUGGGUCAAGACCCCUGGGAGCUCGUGGCCGCCCCCAGCGCGGAGAACGACGGCAGGGACGGGCAGCCCGAGGCCUUGGCAGCAGGGGACGGGCCUGCCAGGGGCUUCCCGACGGUGGCCGGGCAGCUGGGUCUGCAGCUCAAGGACCCGGUGCCAGGCCAGGCCAUGGCCUUGCUCACACAGUACGCAGCCAGCGUGGGCGUGUCCCUGACCUUCCGAGAGGACAAGACGGCAGGGAAGUGUUUGGCCAUUAGUCGGUGCUAG